AUGACCAGCUCAACAUUAUCAAAAGCAAAGAAAAGAGCCAGAAGAAGAAUCAACAUCCUUAAUCAUGGACUGUGCAUUAUUCACAGUAAUAAUAAUAUUAAGAGAAACAAAAUUGACGACAGUAUCAGCAAGAUUAUUUGUGAUUCAAAAAUCAGAGACUUCAUGAAUAUCCACCAACUCAACGACAACUACAACAAAAUCAACAACACUCUCGACAACACAUGCGAAUCAAUCAAAGACACAAUCAUGAAUCUCCCCAACAAUGAAAUAUCAAAACAUGACACCAUCAACUGCAAAAACAUUUACUGGAUCGACGACACAAAACCAAUCUAG